AUGACGCUUCUAACUACCAUAAAGAAGAAGUCACCGGAACUGCGUGAAGGGCAAGUUGUGGCGUAUGACUAUGUUAACAGUGGUGAGCUUUGGCAGUGGACACUAGGCACCGUGAUAUCGCUCACGGAAUACACAGCCGUUCUGCAGCAGUGGAGUGUCAGCCAGGGUGACCAUAAUACAUUGAAGAGCAUUAUAUCGAAUGAGAUCGAAAAAGAAAUGAAACGCAUGAAAAUGCUUCAGGAGCAGCUUUCCAGCGCGCGUGAUAAGUUAGCAGCUAUACGUAGUGAAAAUGAGGAUCGCGUUUCAGCUGCCAGAUCUGUGUUUGAAGGAGCAAAGGAGGCAGUGGAGGCGGUAGAUGAAGUACACAUGCGUGAGGUGACAACACAGCAACGUCCCUCAGCAGUGGCUGUGGCGGUACUGAAGGCGGUGCUUUCACUGGCCCAGAACGAACCCACCAUUAAUAAUUGUCUCUCGUGGCCUGAAAUUCAAAUGGAGUACAGGAGACCAGAUGCUAUAAUGGAACUUAUUCACGCAGAUAUUGCAGGACGAAUUUACCCAGCCCCUGAAAGUAUUUUGAGUGUAUUGCUUGAUUCGCGGUAUUCAUCAGCCGCAGCAGCGCGAGACUCAGAUGCGAUCAGUAGCCUGCAUCAAUGGGUACUAAGUGCUUUGGCAUACCAAGAAGCACAUAGCAAGUUGACAACAGAUACACGUGUUCAAGUGCAAAAUGAAGCUAUUGCCAGUGUAAUAGCUGGGAUGAAAAACUGUCGACUGAAGAUAAUGAAGUUAAAAGAAGAGUUGGCACGUGGUGGUUCAUCAGCUUCUAGGGGGCAAGUUACAUCUUUUACAAAGACGUCUGUACAAGCUACAGUUCCUCGUUCAGCGGUUAUUUCUGUUAUUCCAGUGGAUCAGGCAGUCUCUAAUUGUGUUCUGACAGACGAUGAAGUAGAUACUGUUCUUGAUGAUGCAAAAUGUAUGCGUUUUCAACUUAAGGAUCAGUUAAAGCAGAUGACAGAUGAAACUAUUGAAUUUUUAGCCGAACUUCACUGUCUCUCGAUGUAUACCACCGAACUUGAGGAAAAACGACUUUACCUCCGAGAACACUACUUGCUCAAUAUUCUUCGAAAUCGUGAUGAUGAAAAUGCUGGAACACGAGAGAAUGAAUUGAAUAAUAAAAUCAAGGAGAUGCAAGAUAUUAUUGAUGACUUAAGAAAACAUGAUGAACGGUGGAUCUACAAAGAAGGGCCAACUGUUACUACUAAACAUCAGAAACGUUUCAACGGGAAAAAUUGGGAUGCCGUACUGGAAAAGAAACCAGAAGAACUACUACAAAGAUUUAAGAAUGAACAGUCUCUCGCAUGCCAUAUACCAGAUGAUUGCAUUCAGAACGUUGUGUUCGGGGUCAAACCGGAUGGUCUUGAGGUUUCAUUUGAUGUUCAACACCCCACAUCUCAAACAAGGGAUGAAAUCAAUGCGCGCCUGAAGGAAUUUCCCCCACGUGACAUGGAGCGUAUGCUCCGUAACAUUGAUACUCCCAAAACUGGUUUAGAUCGCGCAAUUGUAGAGGUAUGUCACGCACUUGAUAUGGCAGACGACAAAUUCCGCGGGCUCUCAUUUGAUGAGUUUAUCCAGGAACUCUCAGGGACAGGUAAUCUUGGUGAUAAGGAUGCAUAUGAAAGUGAAAUUGGUGAUCUUCUUAUGCUUUUGGACAAGAUUCAUAAUGAAAAUCGCUCACUGCAAUAUACCUUGGAGAAAUCUGCUGAAGAAUUCCGUCGACAGACUGCAUCGACCAUGCGAGAACAAGAAGCUCUGCGGCAGCGCAAUGAUGAACUCCACGCAGAAAUCGGUCGUCUACGCGAUUUGGUUGAGAAACUUAGGCGUUUGGCUGACGACCAAGCAAGUGAACUAGAGCUGUUCAAGUUACAGAAGACUCAGGCAAAUCAAAUGCGAACCCAGCGUAAUUUGUCAGAAUUUAAGGGUGAAAACACAGCUGAACCACUCUACUGUGUUACUCUUGAUGAACUCCAUGAGCAAGUGGCACAAUGCAAACAGGCAGAGGACGAAAACGCCGAACUAGAGCGUCAGUUGUCAGAUCUCAAGAAAGCCAAUGAGGACCUACUUGCCAAGCUAAAUGAGGCAGCAAAGGAAAAUGAACAAAUAGAAGGGGAAAUAGAGAAACUUCGUCAUGACCUGCUUCAGGUAGAAAAAGAAGCAAAGGAUACCACAGAUAAGCUUCAUGAUGUUGCUCAUCAGCUAGAAAACAAAAACGCUGAAUGUCAAGAUAUGGAAAAGAACUUGGAGAAACUAGAAAAUUUACUCGAUUCUGUUAAAGCAUCUGAGCAAGAAGCGUUAACAGGUAUUGAGACACGCGACAACGAAAUUGAUGGUCUACGACAAAAACUAGAGAAUGAAAUCAAUGAUCACAACAAGGCACUUGCUGCGCUAGAGCAAAAGGAAAAUGAAAAUAAUGCGCUCUUACAAACAGUUGAACAACAACAAAGAGAACUUGAGGUUCAUCGAGAAAGGCGGCUUGCUGCCUACGAGGCUCGAUCUCAUGAACCCACUCUAGGUCCAAUAUCAUUCCGAAGCACAAAUCCAGGAGAAGGAAUUGAACCACGAGUACUCGCUGCAGAACCUCUACUCUCCGUUGGCAUGGACGAAUACACAGAUUACGUACAGCGAUGCAAUCAGCUUCAACAAGAAAACGAUGGCCUAGGACAACAAGUCCAGCAAUUAAACGAUGACAUCGAAAGCCUUCAAAAUCAACUGCGUCAACUUGAGGAGGAAAACAGAAAUUUGGGAGAUGAACUUCGCGAUAAAAAUGAAGCCGUAAAUAGAGCUGAAAAUGAUAUCAAUCAGGUAAUGCUCGACAACGAAAAGCUCAACAACCUGUUAGACGAAAAAACUGCAGAAGCACAAGCACUCGCAACUCAAAAUGAAAGAGCUUCCAACGAAAACAACAACUUGACGGAAGAAGUAGAAAGAUUAAACGCGGAAAACGAUAAGCUUACUCAAGAUCUACAGCAAAAAAGUGCUGACAAUGAAAGACUAGCAGCGGAGAUCGACAGGCUGACUGAUGAACUGCAACAGAAGAUUGCUGAGAAUGAGAACCUUGCUGAUGAACUGGAGCAGAAGACUGCUGAUAAUGAGAAGCUUGCAGCUGAGAAUGAGAGGCUUUUGGCGGAGAUCGAUAGACUGAAUGACGAGCUGCAACAGAAGAUGGCUGAAAUUGAGAGG